AUGAAUCUGCAAAAGCUCAAGUCUUUCAGAAAGCUUCACAUUUGUUAUUACAAUCAAUGUUGUUCGACACAAUCAUUUGCUUCUACAAUCGAGAUAGAAACCCAACCUUGCGUCUUCCGUGAUGCGGCCAACCCGUUCGACGGAAUGCCCCAGAAAGAUGUUUCUGGUGCUAACCAUAAUCACUUGCUUUUCGAGUAUGCUCGAACCAAUAACAACUUUCAAGCUCUUAAACACUUUCUGGGAAUUCGACGUUUGGGUUUACAGGUUAAUGGGGCAAGCUUUUCUUGUGUUUUAAAGAUAUGUGGAAGCUUGUGCGAUCAAAUAUCAGGCAAGCAAAUACAUUGUGAUUGUAUUAAAUAUGGGUUUGUUGAGGAUGUUAGCGUUGGUACUUCUCUCAUUGAUAUGUACACAAAAACGGAAGGAGUGUGGAUGGCUGAGAAGGUGUUCGAUGAAAUGCCUGACAGAAAUGUGGUGUCUUGGACUUCAAUGCUUACGGGAUAUUCGUCGACAGGGAUGCACGAUCGGGCUGUAGAACUUUUCUUGCAGAUGCAAGUUGAAGGAAUCAAACCUAAUCCAUUUACGUUUGCUACUAUUCUUGGAGCUUUGGCCGACAUUGGUGCAGUGGUGAAAGGAAUGCAGGUACAUACCAUGGUUGUCAAAUUUGGUUUUGAGCUGACCACAUAUGUAUGUAAUUCUUUGAUUAGUAUGUAUUCAAGAUCAGGGAUGAUUAGAUGUGCAAUAGCAGUAUUUGGUGGUAUGGAGGUUAGAGAUGCAGUUUCUUGGAAUGGAAUGAUAGCUGGUCUGGUGACGAAUGGGAAUUAUUUAGUUGCCCUUGAUCUGUUCCAUAAGAUGAGGCUUUCGGGAGUGAAGUUAACGCAACCGAUCUUCGUAACGAUCUUGAAGUUGUGUGCUAACAUCAAAGAAAUACAUUUAGCGAAACAACUCCACUGUGUUGUUUCUAAGAACGGAAUGGAAUCUGACCCUAAUCUCAAAACUGCACUUAUGGUUUCAUACACAAAGGGGUGUGAAAUGGAUGACACGUUGAAGCUAUUCAGUACGAUGAACGGGGUUAGGAACGUGGUGUCAUGGACAGCAAUGAUUGGUGGAUAUAUGCAAAACGGGUGUAUCGAGAAAGCAGUGAAUAUAUUUCGUCAAAUGUGUAGAGAAGGUGUUCGGCCAAACGACUUCACCUAUUCCACCAUUCUUGCUGCUCAUCCCACAAUAUCUCCAUUCCAGAUUCAUGCCCAAGUUAUCAAGACAGAUUAUGAAUCAAUAACUUCAGUUGGCACCGCACUUUUAGAUGCGUAUAUGAAGAUCGGAAACAGGAAUGAUGCAAUAAGAGUUUUCGAAACGGUGGAAGAAAAGGAUAUUGUUUCGUGGUCGGCUAUUCUAGCAGGAUACGCGCAAUCUGGAGAUGUUGAUGGGGCUGUGGGAGUAUUUCGCCGGUUAGCUGAUAAUGGGGUUAGACCAAACGAGUAUACGUUUUCAAGUAUCCUUAACGUGUGUGCUAGUCCAAUGGCGGCAGUCGAGCAAGGGAAAAGGUUUCACGUUGGAGCAAUUAAAGAAGGAUAUAACAACGCUUUAUGUGUAAGCAGUGCUCUGGUUACCAUGUAUGCAAAACGAGGAAAUAUCGAGAGUGCAAACAAAGUUUUCCAACGGCAACCAGAACGAGACUUGGUUUCGUGGAACUCGAUGAUCUCGGGAUACGCACAACAUGGUUACGGGAACAAAGCUCUUGAGAUAUUUGAGGAAUUGCGAAAAACAAAGUUGGAAAUGGAUGAUAUAACGUUUAUUGGCGUGAUUACUGCAUGUACUCAUGCAGGAUUAGUCGAAGAAGGUGAAAGAUACUUCGAUAUGAUGGUAAAAGAUCUUCAUAUCGAUCCAACAUCCGAACACUAUUCGUGUAUGGUCGAUCUGUAUAGCCGAGCAGGAUUACUGGAAAAAGCUAUGGCUCUCAUAAACGGCAUGCCUUUUCCUGCUGGAGCAACGAUCUGGCGAUCUCUUCUGGCGUCUUGUCGUGUUCAUAAAAACUUGGAGCUCGGAAAACUUGCAGGAGACAAGCUUUUGUCACUUCGGCCACAAGACUCCGCUGCUUACGUAUUGCUAUCGAAUUUAUACGCUACGACCGGUAACUGGCAAGAAAGGGCAAAAGUUAGGAAAUUGAUGGAUGAAAGGAGUGUGAAGAAAGAAGCCGGAUACAGUUGGAUCGAGAUCAAGAACAAGACGUAUUCGUUUGUUGCAUGGGAUACUUCCCAUCCUUCAUCGGAUCUUAUUUACGAAAAACUGAAAGAAUUAAGUUUGCGGUUACGGGAUGCUGGAUAUUUGCCAGAUACAAGUUAUGUUCUUCAUGAUGUUGAAGAUGAGCAUAAGGAAGACAUUCUUUCUGGGCACAGUGAGCGAUUAGCGGUUGCUUUUGGACUAAUCACGACACCUCCUGGCGUUUCAUUGCAGAUCAUGAAGAACCUUCGAGUUUGCGGUGACUGCCAUACUGUUUUCAAGUUGAUAUCUAAGAUCGAAGGAAGGGAAAUAAUCGUAAGGGAUUCGAAUCGGUUCCACCAUUUCAAAGAUGGUGUAUGCUCUUGUGGAGAAUAUUGGUGAUCGAAGCCGAGCCUUCAAAUCUGGGAGUGGAAUGUAUAUAAGCUUGUCAAAUCGCCGCCGGAUAGCCUGAAAUGAUCAUCCGUUAGUAAUUGCUUUACUAAAGGUCAAUGAGAUGAAUAUGAAGGCUCACUGAAGCUUACUAACAAACAACAAAGGCUCACUGAAGCUUGCUAACCAGUAAA